GGCGCGGGUUCCUUGUCCGCCUGCCGUGUCCGUGUCUUGUCCGCCGUUCUCGCACCCUCUCGCCAUGAAGGUCGCCGCUGUCGCUUCUUCGCCGCUGCCCGCGGGCGCCGGCGGCCCGUUGAAGGCCGUGCGGCCUGGGGAGGCCGCCCGCUGCGGACCGGGCCUGGGGGUGUCCCCGGUGGCGGCGGAGCAGGCGGCCGCCGCGCUGCUGUACGAUAUGAAGGGCUGCUACUCUCGGCUACGGGCGCUGGUGCCGACACUGCCGCGGCACCGGCGGGUCUCCAAGGUGGAGCUCCUGCAGCACGUUAUCGACUACAUCUGGGACCUGCAGCUGGAGCUGCAGUGCGGUCCCCCCCGCCCCGCCGCUGCUGGGGACUCCCCCGAGGCUCCGUGCAUCCCCGCUGCCGAUCGGAUCCUCUGCCGCUGAGACCGCUCUGGACCUUCCACGGACAUCGUCCCCGGAAUCCCGGUCCCACCAUGGACAUCGUCCCUGGGAUCCCGGUCUCUCCACAGACAUCGUCCCCGGGACCCCGUCCCCGAACACCGCGGCUCACCCGCAUCCCUGGCUCCCCGGCGGGGCUGCCCUAGGGGUCCCCCCGCAGCCUGGGCAGGGGGUGCUGUGGGCCGGAUCCUUCCUUCUCAGAUUGCUGAGAGCAUUCCCCGUAUUGUAUAUUACAAUGAUGCUGGAGAAUAUUGUUCUACAAUAGCUGGAGUUUUGUUAUUAAACAAGCCCUGAUGACCA